CUUGGACUGGCACCUUCUGAAAAUGGGAUGGCAACCCUAUCACGUUGGGCUCUGUUAUUUAAUUUACAAUUUUUAGCUUAAGACCCCGAUACUCGCCAUUGGAAGCUUGCUGAUAUGCUGAAAAGCCUUGUAGGACGGCGGCUGGCUAGCCAGUUGCUUAAAGGAUGUGCCGCACCAGUGCGACAUGCAUCAGAAUCCGCUGGCCGGGUCAAUCCUUUUGCCGGUUCGGAGGAGCCUCCAAAGAAGUUCGUCAAUCCCUUUGGCCAGCCAUCAACUGAGACGUUCACUGAACCGGUGGUAACCGAGUCCAAAGAGGAGCGGGAGAAGCGACUAAAGGUGCUCCAACUGGAGGCGGACAUAGCCCAUCAGGAGGGCCGACGAGUCCCGGCGCUGGAGUUUUUCCAGGACCAUCACUGGGAGCACGUGCUGACACUGCCAUCCAGGUCGGCACGCAUCAAGUACUUCGCCUUUCUCUGGCAGAUUGAAAUGAAGAAGCAGUCGGAGCAGCGGAAGAAGGUCCUAAAGGCGGAGGAAACAGAGAGGAGAGUAGCCGAGAUAAAGAAGGAGCGGGAGGAGAACACGCACAUCAUCUACGGGCUCGGGCAUACUUCCAUGUUCCUGCGCAUCUACGACACUACCAUUAAUCACUGGCAGAACAAUCGCCUCACCAGGGCCAUGCAGUUCGCGCCCAAGAUGGUAUUGGACUGCUCCUACGACGAGCACAUGAACAACCGGGAAGCCUCCUAUGCUGCCAAGCAACUAAUGUACUGCUUUGCGGAGAACCGACAGAAUGAUGAGCCAUUUGACCUGCACUACUGCAAUGCCCACAUGGCGGGCAGGUGUAUGCAGAAUCUCAAGCGCUUCAUCCCUCCCAUGCUGAAUCCAGAGUUUCCGAUAAACAUUCAUGAAAAGUGCUUCACAGAGCUGUUUCCAAAGAAGAACUUAGUCUACCUUACACCCCACUGCCGCGAGGACUUGGUCACCUACGACCCCGAUGACAUCUACAUAGUGGGAGCCAUGGUAGAUACGGUGAACAACGAGCCCCUGUCGCUGGCCAAGGCGAAGCGGAUGGGUCUGCGCAUGGCGCGAUUGCCCCUGGACCGCUACCUGCAGUGGGGAUCAGGCUCAGGGAAGUCGCUCACUCUCAACCAGAUGAUCAACAUCAUGCUGGACCUGAAGAAAACCAACGACUGGGACACGGCUUUGAAGCAUGUGCCUCGCCGCAAAGUGGUUGAAUGGGAUGAGCAGCGGCGAAAUGAAAAGGAUCGGUGGGCUGUGGGUACGCGGGCUAGAAAGCUGAAUGUGCGGAUAGAUCAUCUUCUGGACUAUGAGGAGGACCGUCGGAAGGUAUCCUCCUUUGCCACACCAAAGAAGGUGCGACAACGUACCGAGGGAAUGGAGUUUAAGCUGGACACCUGGGCCACCGGGAAACAGCAAAAAACACAAAGACAAAAUUAACGUUACCUGUUUUAUUCAAUAAAUUGAAAAAUAAUUUUGUUUUA